AGCAAAUUUAAACUUAUAUAACUUACUAAUAUUUUAUUUUUUUGAAAAAAUUCCACUUCCGGCAUAAUCUGUCUGUCUCUGAAAAGAGACCAACCUUAGAUCUGCAUUUCAGUGUGUUCAUGAAUUACAAUAAUUUAACUUCGGAUAGUGCACUUUCAAGCCUAUUUAAAAAAAUGGGGGGUGACAGUUAAAGGGUUAACAUUACUGUAAGAACGUGUGUUCGUAACUGUGAGAGAAUAUUAAUAGAACAUUAGCCAAUAUUCUGAGAUCGUUCUGUAAACAGGGAUCUUUCUGUGUAGUAUGACGGUAAAACCGUGGCGUACCGCAUCACAGAUAUACAUCGGAACAAUAGUUCAUACACUGACAGCCGUUGUUAUUGUUUGUCAUUUCAUUCUGUGCCUCACCAUACCUGUUUAACGGCUAAACAAGUGAACACAAACCUACACUGAAAAUACCCUCACCAGUUUCUGUCAGAGUUCAGCUUGUCUGCAACGGAAACACUAGAAACAGAACCCACUCCACCAACGGACAGCGGCACGCGAUGCUUCAGCGACAUUUUUCACAACUCAUCUCCCGUGAGGACCUACAACUUGCCUUAAAGUGUGGAUAACGGCAGACGACGGCGAAGAAUAAUCAUUUACUGGCAGUGGCAAUGAGCUCCAGUACUUCAGACGACUGUGAUUGGGUGUGUUGGGUCCAGAGGUGUGUCUAUGUACCCAUUCUGGUUUUCGGUUUCCCUCUGAUCCUGGCCGCUCUAUGGCAGCUGGUCUUCCGCGUUCAACGCUGGAGCGAAUCCAUGGUUUACCUCAGCAACCUGAUCAUCAACGACAGCCUGCUAAUGCUGUCCCUGCCCUUUAAAAUACAUGCCUACAAGAAGCCGUGGACUCUGGGCCAUACGUUUUGCUCCUUGUUGGAGAGCCUGCUCUACGUCAACAUCUACGGGAGCAUCAUGCUGAGCGUGUGCAUCGCGGUCGACCGAUACGUCGCUCUACAAUUUCCAUUCGCCGCACGACGUUUGCGAUCUCCGCGCAAGGCAGUGCUCGUGUGCCUGAUCGUAUGGAUGAUGGUCUUUGGAUGCAGCUUCCCCAUCUACAGACUUCACGAACAUGAACAAACAAACCAAACUGCUUACUGCUUCCAGACCUUUUCCAACUCAACUUGGAAUAAAAAAUGGAUUCUGGUAUGUAUGGAGACAGUGUUUUGUAGCAGCGCUAUAGUGAUGGUGUUCUGUUCCAUGCGCGUGGUGCAAAUCCUGCACGGUCUGAGGGAGCGCAACCCUGGAGAUUCCAAACUGCGCAACAAUAAAAGCAUGAAGAUCGUUCUUAGCAACCUGGUGGUCUUCCUCACAUGCUUCAUUCCUUACCACAUAGCGGCGCCCAUAUACUUCCAUGCCAAGACGAACAACUGGGUAACGAACACCAUCGAUCAUCUGCGCUACUUCGUUCACAUGAGCAUAUGUAUUAGCAACGUGAACAUCUUGGCAGAUGGCGCAUGUUACUAUUUCAUCCUUAAAGAGAAUCUGGAGUCCGCACAGAAAGAGAGGAGAAUGGCUAUACGUAUCAGAGAGACACGCAUACGAGGAUCGAAGCUUUUGACGUUUGAAGAAAUGCAUAAUGGUUCGUCAAAAAACACUAAAAGUACGGAAAUAUGUGUGGAUACUGGUUUUACGUAAAGAUCUACACCAAAACUCAUGGAGACCGAAUGCUAUAGGAUGAGUAAUCCUACAGGAAAACAGCAAAGGAAGACAGAAGACAAUAAGACAAGCUCAUAUAGAUGAGUAUGUAGGUGAAUGGGAAUUAUGUACACUUGUAACAUAAUUUAGAGGCAUUUCUAUUAUUAUUUUAUGAUUACUUUUUUAAAAUUAACUCACAUAACCCAAAGUUAAUGGUUUAAAGUUUAUAUGAGCCAUGAUAUGAACAUUUUGGCCAUUUGGAGUAAAAAAAAAUCUGAUUUUCCCGCCAAAAAUCAAAAGAAAGCACUUUUUUUUAAGACAAUUAAGCUAAUAUUGUUACCUUAAUAAUCAUUUACUUUCUUAAUUACACUCAAAUGAUGAUUUUCACUGUAAUAUAUAUCAUUUUUAUUAAUCUGAAUUAUUGUAAAAAUACUGUUAGCAAAUUAAAAUCAAUUACUUUUUAAUUAGUUUAUUUUAAGGCAGUAAAGCAAAAAAAAUCGCAUUGCUGUAAUGCAAAAUAAAAAAUCUUUAUUUUAAAAAUGAUUCUAGAAAAAUAUAAUAAUACAAGAAUUGAAAAGUAGUUAUUUAUAUUGGUUUUACUGCCUUUAAUUUAUUAAAAAUUAAUUGACAGAUGAAUAAAAAAUGUAUUACAAUGAUGAGAAUCAUCACUGAAUAAUAAUUAACAAAACAGUUGCAUUAUAGUACUGAGGAAUUGGGUAGUAAAAUUAGCUUAAUUGACUUAAAACAAUAAUAAUUGUAAUAAUAAAACAAUAAUAAAUAACAGUUAAGCUAAUUUUAUCACCUUAAUUAUCAUUUACCUUCUUAAUUAUGCUUAAAUUAUGAUUUUCACUGUAAUACAUAUCAUUUUUUAUAUUUGUAAGAGUACUGUUUGCAAUCAGUUCAUUUUAAAUAAAGGCAGUAAAACUAAAAAUAUAUAAAUAAGUUCUCAUUACUGUAAUGCAAAAUAAAAAGUAUUUUUUUAGAAUUUAGAAUUAUUCUAGAAUAAUAUAAUAAUAUAAGAACAGAAAAAGAGUUAUUUAUAUUGAUUUUACUGCCUUUAAUUUAUUAAAAAUUAAUUGAUGUAUACAGAUGAAUAAAAAUUGUAUUACAAUGAUGAGAAUUAUCAUUGAAAAAUAACUGACAUAAACAAUUGCAUUAUAGUAGUGGGAAUUGGGUGGUAAAAUUAGCUUAAUUGUCUUACUUAAAUAUUGUCACAAUUAAAAAAAAAAAAUUAAAUUGAGUCCUAAUUUUAGAGUACAUUUUAUUUGUGCAAAAUAUGUAAUCCUUAUUUUUCCUAUUAUUUUAAGACAGUUAACCUAAUAUUAUCACCUUAAUUAUCAUUUACCCUCUUAAUUAUGCUUAAAUGAUGAUUUUCACUGUAAUAUAUAAUAUUUCACUGUUCAUAUCAUUUUUAUUUAAUCUGUAUUAUUGUAAAAUUACUGUUUGCAAAUUAAAAAUCAAUUAAUUUUUAAUAAAGGCAGCAAUAUAUAUAUAUAUAUAUAUAUAUAUAUAUAUAAAUCACUCUAGAAUAAUAGAUAAAAAAAAUAGGUAUUUAUAAUGAUUUUACUGCUUUUAAUUUAUUAAAAAUUAAUUGACAUGAAUAAAAAUUGUAUUACAGUGAUGAAAAUCAUCAUUUAAAAAUAAUUAACAUAAGACAGAUGCAUUAUAGUAGUGGUAAAUUGGGUGGUGAAAUGAGCUUAAUUGUCCUAAAAAUGUUGAAAAAUUAAAAAUAAAUAAAUAAAUAGAGUCCUAAAUUACAUUAAAUAUUUUAAUAAUUUUUUAAAACAUGAUUUGUUCAAAGACGAUGUUUUGAAACCCAUUUUUGUUGUUAGAAAUGUCAAUGUUUUUAUUAUUUGUUUGGUCCCAACUCCCAUAUUCCUCUUCUCACCAGCAGAGGACACACUUCUACUUUCAGGUUUUUUAUGGUAAAGCCUGUCAGUCAACAAGAGGUUGAUAGGUCACAUGGGAGUUCAGUGAGCGUUCAUGUUAAAACAAAUGAUUAACUUCAACACUAUCUUCCUACCAUAGAAUAAGGUUUUAAAGUUGAAGCCAAAGGUUCCUGUUUCGAAGCUGGAAAUGUGCAUACAAAUGUGUUACGAGACAGAGUAAAGGUUAAAUGCAGUUGACAGGGAGUGUCUUCUUUUAUAGCAGGGAAGUGUUACAAAACGCUAUAUUUCAGUUUUUCAAUGUCAUACCAAAGUUAAUGUUGUAACCCUGACUGAAAGCAUUUCGAUUUUUCACAAGAUAAAUGUCACUCUGCUUAUAAGUUUUGAAAAUGCUGCCUUUUAUAUGAGUAUUUUUAUAAAAGUUCAGCUUGACUUUGAUUAUCUGUUAUAAAGUAAAAGUAUAUUUUUGAGGUUCUUCACAAAGCACUUGCAGGUACUCCUGAUGCCCUGUUUCCAUCUCUUUUUACCUGUGUGAUAUUCAUGUUAUUUAUUGCAAUAAAUGAGACUUUUUAUUAAAAUAUGUGUGCACCAUUUGAGGCAUAUUCAUUUCAGCUUGUGCUGCUACAUGACAUAAAUAUGUAGAAUAUAAACCACGAGAAUACAUAUUUUUAGCUGUGGUAACGUGUUCAAGCACAGUUGGAUGCCACAAGUGUUCUCAGUAACACUCCAAAAUGUUUUCUCUCAGAAGUAGAUUUGCAUGAAUACAAAACCACACUGAAAUGCAUUUGCUUAAAGGUUGAAAGUUUUUUCUACUUAAAUAUCAAG